GGAUGAGCACUACCUCAGCAUGCCAUACUUUACACCAGAGGAAGCAGUUUGCAUUAAGGACGCGCUUGUGGAUACACCUGCCUAUAGUUCUGACCUGAUUGAGAAUGAAUCUGUAGAGCCAAAAACAGUAAACGACACUCUGACCGAUACACUACAAAACUUCUUGGAUAAACGACGUGCUAGUGGCGACGCUCGUCCCUGUGGACCUCACGACCUUUUGCCUCUAUAUAGCAAGCUAUUUGGAAUCGAUGUGGCUGAAUUGCGAAAUGACACGUUUAUCGCGCGUAUGAGACGCCAAAGGCUCUAGCCAUGCCCAUGAAAAGCUGUGUAGUUAGUCGCGAGCUUCAUAUGCGACUCUACCCGGGAUUCGACAUUGGUUUUUUUUCAUUGGAUUGUGUAUUCGAAUGGUACGAAUUUAUUAGCAAUCGGCAGUAUCUGUUUCUUUAAUGUUUAUGGCCGGACAAGCGCGAAUGCAUUCGUGUGUGAUGCAGCAAACAUCCAUUGCGACACUCUUGGACUUAUAGCCGAUUUAGAGCCUAGCGUCACGCGGUGAUCUUCCCAAGCGAUAGCCUACCUGCGAUGUACUUAAUACAACCCAAACUUCUCUUUCACAUUCAUCUAAAAUUUCUCUUGUAGCAACUAUGCAAUAAUGAAAUCCGUGCAAACGUUAGACCACGACGGUGAACCAGCGUACCACGGGCGGGCGAGGGUGAACGGCAUCCGCAUGCACUACCUGGUUUGCCCCAACCCGGCCAACAACACCCAAGAAACAACUAAACCGGCCAUUGUCCUCCUCCACGGGACGCCAAAGAACAGUUUCUACUGGCAUCGAUUAGUGCCGUACCUUACGCAGCGCUUCACCGUCGUAGCGCCCGACCUUCGCGGCUUCGGCUAUACAGACAAACCUCCUACGUCGGAUGGCUAUGACUGCCUUACUAAUGCGCAUGACGUAGCGGAAUUGAUGGAGCAGCUUGGCUUCAAGCAAUACUACGUCCAUGGCGAAGACCGCGGUGCGGAAUACGCUUUUUCUCUGGCUGCUACAUAUCGAGAUCGCGUUAUCAAGCUCAGCUUCUGCGAGAUGCUGUUGACUGGAUUUGGGCUGGAAGAAUCCAACGUCUGGUCCGAAUCAAACGUAACUGCGCAGAUGCGUAUGCAGGGUGUCUGGUGCUGGCACUUGUCCUUCUUCUGGAUCCCUCAUGUCCCAGAGAUGCUCAUCACUGGAAAGGAGCGGGAAUUUUGGGAACAUUUCAUGCGCGCAGAGUGCUUCGAUCCGACGGCUAUUCAACAGCUCGAACUGGACCACUGGACAGAGUGCAGCAAACAGCCUGGCGCGCUACGUGGCAUACUCGAGACGUAUAGAAGCGCGUUUGUAAAUGCCAAGGUCAAUAAGGAGAGUGUGAGCAGCGAGAAGGGGGGCAAGAUUACUUGUCCUGUGAUGACGAUUGGUGCUCCUGAGUUCUUUGGCCCAACUGUGCGCAACUGUAUGCUGCACGUGGCGACGAAUGUUGAGUUUUCAGAGAUAUAUCAAGAGUGUGGGCAUAGUUUGGCGCUGGAGAAGCCAGAGCGUCUUGCAGGUGACUUGAUCAAAUUCAUGUUGGACUAAUUCAUCUAUGAUUUAGCUUUCUAUACUGCAUUUAAGAUUGAUGUUUCUUAUUGCUCUGUGAUGCUCUACUCCAGGGUGCUGUUCAACCGACGACAGCAACUAGACUAUAGACCAAUUUGUGAAUUAUUAUUAUUACAAAGCCCGGUUAGAUGAAU